UCUGCAGAUUCUCUCAGUUGAUCAGAAGUGCUUGAAAUGUUGAAGGGAGAGUAAGACCUUAUGCUGUCAUGGAGGUUUUUCUAAACAGGAUCCUGCAUCUGAACUUGUGUGUCAUCAUAUCUUUACUGACCAAUGCAGAUUAUUCCAAAUCUAAUCAAGAGCAAAGGAUUCGGCAACACAUCAACAAAACAGUCUCUGUGGGGGAAACAGUUACACUUCACUGCAACAAAACCCAGUUUGAUGAUGAUUUCACAUGGAAAAUCAACAACUCUGUUAUUUUUAGGCAGGUCUCUGUUUUUAACAUAACUAAAAAAAACAGCUCAAACAAGAUUCACAUCGACCCAGCAGAUCCACGAGAAUUAACUAUACAUCAAAUACAAGUAUCUGAUGCAGGAAACUUCACCUGUUACCCAGCAGCAAUAAGAUGGACAUUAACAAUAACAGAAAACACAAUCAGACCAGAAUCGCCCAUUCAAAUGCCGUUGUACAUCAUCAUCAUUACCAUCUCAUGUUCUGGAGUCAUUAUGAUCUGUCUGAUCAUCACCAUCAGCAUCUUCAUCCACAGGAGCUGUAAAAACAACAAACAGAGUCACAGAGAAAUGGGACAGGACUUUUCUCAGGCACCGGCUAGAGGAAGGAUACAGACUCAAAGCAGUCAGUACUUUGAGAGAUACAACUCAAUAUAUGGGCAAAUAUGAUUAUUUUUGUUCUUUUUGUUUUUGAGAUUUCAGAUUUUUAAAUUUACCCUGAAGAUUUGAAAUCUUA